AUAAUAAUAAUAAUAAUAUAUUGUAAAAUGCAUUAACUACAUGUAGAGUCUAGUCUAUAUUUAAAAGUUAAAUAGUGGUAAUUUAAUUGGCAGGUUUUGGACCUAUACUAGUAGAAAUAUUGAGAUGUACUGCAUGAGUCUAUAGAUCGAGGCCCUAUACUGAUCGAGUAACAAAACCGAACAACAAUCUUGUGUUUAAAAGGGUUUGAUACCGUCAAAUUUGAUUUAACAGAACUCAUUUUAAACAAUCUUUCUGGCUUCUCAUUAGUUUUUUAAUUUUGUUUCUUCAUUCUAGGAAAUGGUGAAACGCAGGCCGAAUUUGACAGGUCGGGAUGUCCGCUGCCUGGCAGACUACGUAAAAAAGAACCGCCAAGCUUUGUUCGGCAAAGCGGGGAACUGUGUGGAAAAGAUCAAAAAACGAAAAGAGGAUGCAUGGGCCCUAGGGCUCGUAUCCCUAGAGGCCCAGGGACUCCAACCAGGUAGAACAGUAAAGGACUUGCGUCUUACCUGGAACGAAAUGGCGGCAAAGGCCCGAAAGUACCGGGACGCAAAGAACAAGACAGGAGGUGGACCACCAGUGGAAUAUAAUGAGAAGCACGAGGCAGUACUGGAGGCAAUGGUGGAGGAGAGUGUGGAGGGCAUUCUGGGGCCAGAAGAGGAGGCUGGAUACCUAGCUCUCCCUUCGAGCCAAAUGUCACAGACAGCAGAAAAUGCCAUGGCUGUGGCCAUGAUGGUUAACACCAUGGUGGGUGGCAUAUCUGUGCCGGCCCGGGACCCACAGACCAGUACUAGUGCAGCCAGCAGUGCCGGACCACCAAUAGACCAGCCUGUUCUAGUAGGGGAUAGCACGGCCAAAGACACCAAAAAGCCAAUCAGCUGUUAUGAAGAGAGACUUUUGGAGAUAGAGGAGGAAAAGUUAUUAGUCAUGAAGCGUGCGCUUCACGUUUUUGAAUUAUUUGUCUUUAAUCAAAAAGAGGUUUAAAAUUGUUACUUUGUUUGUUUUGCAAAUUCCAUGUUAAUUUUGUUCUUAUUCAUGAUAACUUUACCUUUCAGUAUUCAAAAAGAUUAUAUCAUUGUGCAUUUUGGAACUAAGGAAAUUAGGUUUCCCAGAAAUCUAAUAUGAAUAUGUCGUUAUUAAAAAUGAAUUGACUAUGCAUGAGCGUUCCACGGGACUCCCCCCCCCCCCCCCCCCCAGUCAGGUUUGGAUUAAAUAUGUGGCCUGCUUCUGAAUAGAACAAAUAACAAAUUCAGGAGAUAAACUCUUCCCAUAUAUUAUACUGUAAAUUAACUGCAUCUAAAGAUAACAAUGUUAUGAGGCCAAUCUUAAGGAUAUCUUACACACUUCAUUGAAAGAGGGCCUUGAAUAUGAUGUCACAUUCAUAUACAAAUUUAUAAAACAAUAUGACUAUUGGCAGGUCAGCAGAACAUGCCCUAGCCCGGCGAUUCCGUGAAAUUUGAAUUUUGGCUUGGUGCUACCUUAGCAAUUAAUCCCCCCCCCCCCCCCCCGGUUGAAUGCAGUACUGAAUUGAUUAAGAUUCUCAAUGCAAACAGAAGAUUACUACCACUUGAGUUAUAUAGUACAAGUAUACUUCAACAAUAUUGUCACAACUAAAUAGUGCAGUAAUAAAAAGAAUUAAUGUGUCAACUUAUAGAUGACCCAAAAUGGUGUUUUAAAGCAGGGGAAGUCCACCCUAAAAAUAAGUAUGUUUGAAUGAUAUAAAAUAUAGAUAAACAAUAAGGUCAGUGACAGUGAAUGUUGAAAAAGAUUCUUGGUUACAGUAUAUAGAAGUCUUCAUCAUAAAAAUCUAGUGGAAAUAAUUGGCAAUAAUAGUGUUUCUGAUGGCUAAGCCGUUGUCUACAAUGUGGUCGUCCCUGUCUGGUUCGUGUUCAUGUUGUUCAAUACCAAAGUCUACUUCAUCA